AUGCCAGAGAUCCUCAGAAGCCUCUCUGAGGAGGAAUUCAAGAGGCUCGAGAAGAAGCUCCUCCGAAAGGUCGAUUUGAGAUUGCUCCCAACCAUGAUUCUAAUUUAUAUCAUGAAUUAUCUUGAUAGAAACGCGAUUGGAGCAGCUCGACUUGGUGGACUGGAAGAAGACUUGAACCUAGGUCCAAACGAAUUCCAGACCUGUGUUUCUAUUCUCUUUGUUGGUUAUAUCCUCAUGCAGGUCCCUUCCAACAUGCUUCUCAACAAGAUUGGAAAACCUGCCAUGUACUUGACUGGAUGCAUGGUUGUCUGGGGAAUCCUCUGCGCUUGCAGUGAAGCCGCUCAGAACUUUGCCGGCCUCCUUGUCACUCGAUUCCUCCUCGGCUUCGUCGAAGCAGCCUUCUAUCCCGGUGCCCUAGCUACUUUAAGUGCUUGGUACGUCCGAAGAGAGCUCGGUGUCCGGACUGGCAUCUUUUACUGUGGAUCCUUGAUCUCUGGAGCCUUCUCGGGUCUGAUCGCCGCUGCUAUAAUGGAUAAUCUUGACGGCGCUCACGGACUUCUCGCCUGGCGUUGGGUUUUCAUCAUUGAAGGCUCUGCAACUGUCGUCAUCUCUGCCUUUGCAUUCUUUGUCCUCCCGGAUUUCCCUGCGAACACAAAAUGGCUUACAGAGCAAGAACGAGCUCUUGCCAUGUGGCGAAUGGAGAAGGAUGCUGCUGGAGAAGAAGACUGGACUGAAGGAUCUAAGCAGCCUCUUUUUGAAGGCUUCAAGCUUCUUAUCAAAGAUCCCAAGAAUUGGAUUCUUGUCGUGGUUGUUUAUGGAGCAGCCAGCGCCAUCGCUAUCAACAGCUUCUUCCCCACUGUCGUCAAGAGCAUGGGCAAGGAUCGCAACACGACCCUGCUUCUCACGGCUCCACCAUAUCUAUUUGCCUGUAUCGUCUGCGCUCUUGUAUCUUGGAAUGCGGAUAGAACUCGCGAGAGGUACUGGCACACGGUCAUUCCCAUCUCUUGCGCGCUGGCGGGUUUCAUCAUCUCGGCUGCUACUUCUGGUAUCGGACCUCGAUACUUUGGAGCCAUGAUUAUGCUUCCGGGUAUCUAUACGGGGUUUAAUAUGGCCAUGGUAUGGACUGCCAACACCAUCUUCCGUCCCGUAUCCAAGCGAGCUGCGGCUGUGGCUUUCAACAAUGCCAUGGCCACCAUCUGCAGUAUUUACGGCUCCUAUCUCUACCCAAACAACGCCGGGCCUCGAUUCGUCUUGGCGUUCAGCGUUAAUGGUGCCAUGGCAGUUGUUGCAAUUAUUGCUGCUACGGUUCUCCACUUUUAUCUCAAGCGUGAGAACAAGAGGCUUGAG